AUGGCAACAUGGUCCAUCCUUCAGAAGAAUGAAACCCAACAAUUACCGCAAUACAAACAAAAGAUAAGCCAGAUAACGCGUAUACAAUCUAUUCGGCAUCUACAUUCUACACAAACAUGCGAUAAAGAAAGGCUUCACACAAUGGCAGGAUCAUCAUCUAUGAAACCAAGUGGUCCUGAAGCUCGGGACAACAACACGGUUAUUCGGCUUGCAGAAUGA